GACCCAGAGAUGCUGGGCACGUGCGUCAAACACUACCAGGCGAAGACGAACAAACAGCCGAAGCAGAGCAAGGAGAAAGUGCGGCUGAUCUUUUCCUUCGACUUGCACGUGCCCGACUUGCGGGCCGUACGGGAGGUCCUGAUCAAGGAGAUCAAGAGGGAGGGGGGCCAGCGCAAGCUGGGGGUAGCACCCAGGGGCCCGCUGCAGCGAGGCCUCACGAAGCUAGUCUACACGAAGAGCUGA